UAGGAAGUCUCCCUACUCUGGUCUGGCCUUGCUUUUUCUGCAUCAUCCUACUUUUCUCCUCUAAUCCCUGGGCCAGGAUUGUGAUAUACUUCACUCUGUGGUAUACUCAUCCUCUGCCCCCCAUCCUCAAGAGGUGUGUGUCUGUGUGUGGCCACCAGAGGGCUAACACUUGGCGGCCUUGGCAGAAGCCUGGUAGACAGGAGGCGUGGUUUUCCACAGUUGAACAGCAGCGUGCUACAGUGGGGCGGGGCCAGGCCAGCUCAGCCAAUCAGCUCCAUCAGGCUCAGAUCAGCCUGGAGACUGUGCGUGCGUGGAGGUUGGGGUGGCUCCUGGCUUUGGGGCUGUGGGAAGAGGGCCCAAGCUCUGUCCGAGACACUUUUUAGUGUGAACCCCAAGAGCCAGCUCUCUUUCAGGCCAGAGUUGGGGUAUUUCUCCAGCUGCUUCCCAGCAGACAAGAAGGCCUGCGUGGAGCCUCUAGGCCCGCCCCUAGGCUGCACUCCCCCCAUGUCCACAAGUCGUGGGUUGGGGACACAAAUUUUUAACUGAAUCCGUUGAUCAUUAACAGUGGAAAAAGGAGUCCAAACUCAGUUCCCCUGUGGCUGUAGACAGCUGGGCCUCAGGCCUCCUGCAGAAAUGUUAGGCCCCCAAAUCUGGGCCUCCAUGAGGCCGGCGUUGAGCAGGGGCAUCUCUAGGAAUAUGAAGGGGAAGAAGGUGGACAUUGCCGGUAUCUACCCAGCCGUGACCACCCCUUUCACCGCCACCGCAGAGGUAGACUAUGGGAAACUGGAGGAGAACCUGAAUAAACUGGGCACCUUCCCCUUCCGAGGCUUCGUGGUCCAGGGCUCUACUGGAGAAUUUCCAUUCCUGACCAGCCAUGAGCGCCUGGAGGUGGUGAGCCGCGCACGUCAAGCCAUACCCAAGGACAAGCUCCUGAUAGCCGGCUCUGGCUGCGAGUCCACUCAGGCCACAGUAGAGAUGACCGUCAGCAUGGCUCAAGUCGGUGCUGAUGCCGCCAUGGUGGUGACUCCGUUUUACUAUCGUGGCCGCAUGAGCAGUGCCGCCCUCAUUCACCACUACACCAAGGUUGCUGAUCUUUCUCCAAUCCCUGUGGUGUUGUACAGUGUCCCAGCCAAUACAGGGCUAGACCUGCCUGUGGAUGCAGUGGUUACAUUGUCUCAGCACCCGAAUAUCAUUGGCAUAAAGGACAGUGGUGGUGAUGUGACCAAGAUUGGGCUGAUGGUUCACAAGACCAGCAAGCAAGAUUUCCAGGUGUUGGCUGGGUCAGUCGGCUUCCUCCUGGCCAGCUAUGCUGUGGGAGCUGUUGGGAGCAUAUGUGGCCUGGCCAAUGUCUUAGGGGCCCAGGUGUGCCAGCUGGAGAGACUCUGCCUCACGGGGCAGUGGGAAGCCGCCCGGACACUGCAGCACCGCCUGAUCGAGCCCAACACUGCGGUGACCCGGCGCUUCGGGAUCCCAGGACUGAAGAAAACUAUGGACUGGUUUGGCUACUAUGGAGGCCCCUGUCGUGCCCCCUUGCAGGAGCUGAGCCCCGCCAACGAAGAAGCCCUGCGCUUGGAUUUCAGUAACAAUGGCUGGCUCUGAUGACAAGCCCCAGACACCUGACCUGAGCUGUCUGGGACUUCUGUUCCUACAGCCUGAAGAGGAGCAGGGCAUUAGGAAUUAGAGCUUGUCUUAGUCAGUGUUCUAUUACUGUGAAGAGGCACCAUGACCCUGGUGACUCUUUUUUUUUUUUUCCCGAGACAGGGUUUCUCUUGGUAGCUUUGCGCCUUUCCUGGAACUCACUUGGUAGCCCAGGCUGGCCUCAAACUCACAGAGAUCCGCCUGGCUGAGUGUUGGGAUUAAAGGCGUGUGCCACCACCGCCCGGCUCCCUGGUGACUCUUAUAAAGGAAAGUAUUUAAUUGGGCUGGCUUACUGUUUCAGAGGUUUAGUCCAUUAUCAUCAUGGAGGAAAGCAUGGCAGCAUGCAGGCAGACAUGGUGCUGGAGAAGUAGCUGAGAGUUCUAUAUCUGGAUCCACAGGCAGGAGGAAGAGAGAGAGCCACUGGGCCUGGCUUGAGCUUCUGAAAACCUCAAAGCCCACCUUCAGUGACACACUCCCUCCAAUAAGGCCAUACCUUCUAAUUACUUCAAAUAGUGCCAUUCCCUAAGCAUUUAAAUGUAUGAGCCUAUGGGUACCAUUCUUAUUCAAACCACCACAUUCCACUCCCUGGCCCCCAAAGGCUUAUAGCCAUGUUAUAAUGCAAAAUGCAUUUAGUCCAACUUCAAAAGUUCCCAUAAUCUAUCAUAGUCUCAAAACUGCUUAAAAGUUCAAAAUUCAAAGUCUCUUCUGAGAUGCAUGACAAUCUCUUAACUGUAACCCAGUGUAAAAUCAAAAUCAAAAAGUAGGUCACAUACUUCCAACAUACAAUGGCACAGGAUAUACAUUACCAUCCCAAAAGGGUGGAAAGGGAGCAUAGUGGGAAAUACUGGGCCAAAGCAAGACCACAAACCAGCUGGACCAACUCCAAACUCUGCAUCUCCAUAUCUGAUGACAAAACACUCUUCAGAUCACCAACUCCUUUCAGUUUUGUUGACUGUCACACACUUCUUUCUCUUAGGCUGGUUCCACUUCCUGUUAGCAGCUCUCCUCAUCAGGUAUCCCACAGUUCUGGCAUUCCCCAACGUCUUGGGGUCUCCAAGACAAUCCAGGCUUCACUUUCACACCUUCAUGCAAUGGCCUCCCUGGGCCUCCAUGCAGGGACAUUCUUGACACGUCUGGCCUCAGUGGUUUUCCUUAGGUGUGGAGGGAGAUUCCACAACCCGCUUCUUGUAUUCUUGACUCUAAAGUCAGAACCAUGUGGCUGAAGCUGCCAAGUUCUGCUGCUUGAUGGGGCUAGAACUUGGCCCCCUUAUUCAAAUACAUUUUCAAUAACUUUCUGUUUUUGAUGGUUUCCUUUACUGUGUAAACUCUUAACUAUGUUUCAUAAGUUGAAAGCUCAGCAGGGUGGGAUCUUGCCCUGAGGUCACCACUUCCUUUAUUCCAAUUAGCAUCAGGAUUUUCUUUAAACUUUCUGUCUCCUUGAGCCCUGGACUUCGCUCCAUUAGACUCCCUGGUGCUCUUUUUCCCCUCAACCUGUACAUUUUAUAUUUUUCCCUUGCUCUCCUUUUUUAGAUCUGCAUAAGACUUGCCACUAAUAACCACAUGACACAGUCAAAAUUAGGCUGUCUGGAAAUCUCCUCUGCCAAUGCCAUUAAUAGAAAACUCUUCAGUUUAGCCUCAGGCAGAUUUUUUUUAGACAAGGGCCAAAAGCAACCACAUUUUUCAACAAAAUAUCACAAGAACAGUCUCUGGGCCACUUAAUAAUAUACUUCUUCCCUGAAGCCUCUUGAGCUGGGCCAUCAUAAUCUACAUUGCUCUGGGCACCACUGUCUUCCAUGCUCCUAUGAGGAUGGCCCGUUAAGUCCCACUUCAAGUGUUCAACUGUUUUCCUAAUGCAAAGUCCACAUUCUGCCAACAAGAAGCAUGGUCCAGGCCUGUCACAGCAAUACCCCUCUCCUGGUACCCACUUGUCUUAGACUUCUAUUACUGGGAAGAGACCCUAAGAUCAUGGCAACUCUUUUAAAGAAAAACAUUUAUUUGGGGCUUGCAGUUUGAGUUACUUGGUGCUGGAGAAGUAGCUGAGAGUUCUAUAUCUGGAUCCACAGGCCAAGAAGAGAAAGCUGCUGGGCCUGGCUUGGGCUUUUGAAACCCUCAAAGCCUGCCUUCAGUGACAGAUGUCCUCUAAUAAGGCCACACCUCCUAAUCCUUUCAAAUAGUGCCUUUCCCUACAGAUUUAAAUAUAUGAGCCUAUGGGGGCCAUUCCUAUUCUACCACUAACAGGCUCCUUUCCCAUAAGCUCAAGGCAACAUCUAGCUCCUUUUCUCAGCCUGUGGCUUCUCACAUGUGUAUUCUACACAGAGUCUCUAGAGACCCUCCACCAGGGACAAUUUCUUGCUUGUCUCUUCUGUGGGUACUUUCUUCUGCCCUAAGGUGGGUGAACCAGGGAACCUAGCAAAAAGGUAGGAGGUGCAGCUAGAAACCAAGGAAGUUGGUUCCUGAAGGGGCUGUUACUUCUGAUUUGAAGCUAGAAAUCUUAAUUGUGCAUGACAUCGCUGGAAAGUCAGGGAUGGCCCCAACCAUCCACAUUCUGACUUCUUCCAGAGGCAGCAGCUGCAGAGGAAACCUGAUCAGAAUGUGUUCCUUAUUUUUGAAAGGCCUCCAAGCUGAAUUCCAGCCACAGUGCCCUUUCUUAACUCACAUGUCAUUUUGAUCCCCACCAUUGAGUGUCCAAGACAGCCCAGUGCCUUGUCACGUUAGUAAAUAAUGACACCUGGUGGAUAGACACCCGGUCUACAUACACUCUAGAAGACUGACCAGCCCAGGUAUGAAUCUUGGAGACUUGGACUGAGAUAGGACCAUGCUUUUGUCUGAAGCCACUCUACUUUUAUUAUCAAAGCAGAUCACCUUGUUACUAUAAUAAAAUAUAACAAGUGAAACUUGAAAGCCAAUACAGUAGAUUUUCUGGCCAGAUGCCAAGGACCUUCCUAAAGGCAGUGGAGUCUGUAGGAUCAGCCUUAUCACUGAGAGAAGCCUUAGUAAUUCCAAGCAAACAGCCCACUAUUAGAGUGGUAGCCUAGGAAAACUUAAUGACUUUUUUUUUAUUGUGUAUGCAUAUGUGCAAUUACUAAUGCAGGCAGUGUGGCAACUAGUGACUGAUGUUAGGGAGCUCUGCUCUACCGCACUCCACUUUAAUUUUUCAGACAUGGUCUGUUGUUGAAUCUGGAGUUUGCCAUUUUGGUCAUACUGGCUGGCAGCAAGUAUCUGGGAUCUGCUUGUUUUUAUUCUCCAGUGCUGGGGUGACAGGCAUGCAGCAACCACAUCUGGCUUUUUAUGUGGGUGCUGGGAACUCAAAACCAGGUUCUCAUGACUUCACAAGUUGGCUCUUGGGCUGCUUUUAUAGUCACCUUCUGGAGCAGUGGGGCUUACAGAAUAGGUUUAGGGCUGAUGGGAAAAAUCUAGGCCCGAAAGAGGCAGCCUAGAAAGCUGUCUAGCCCUGAGUUUAAGUUCUGGGACCCCUGGUGUCUGUGGGGCCUUGGGGUAACCCUCUGUUUUCCCCAAAUCUUGGCUAUAAUAUACCUUUCUCCCAGAGCUAUGGGGAAAACUGAGGUAAGAACCAUAAAUAAAUGAGCUAGCAUGGUGGGAAUGUUCUACUACUGGGUGCAAAAAAAGGGGGAAAUAUGGGCAGGAGUUAAUUUGUUAGAGGUCGCCCAGUAGGUCUGGCAAUAACUGGUCUUGGAGCUUGUAUCCAUUGAUGCUCAAUCCAGUGAAAGGGAGCUGGGAUCAGAAACAGUAGGAUAGAGAAACUCCAUCCAGCCCUGCCAUUUACCAGCCUGGACAACCUUAGCCUGCUGGUUUUGAAAUCUUCAUUCCUUCUACUCCACAGUGUGUGUGUGUGUGUGUGUGUGUGUGUGUGUGUGUGUGUGUGUGUGUGUAGCCAUGCAUCAGCCUCCUGUGUUCCUCAAAAGCUGUCCAUUUUGGUACCUGGACCUGCUAAUUAGGCUAGGCUAGGCUGGCUGGACAGUCAGUCCCAGAGAUAACGCUCUCUUUGAAUCUCUAGACUUGGGAGUAGAAGCAUGCACGACCAUGCCCAGCUUUUUCCAUAGGUGCUGAGGAAACUCAGGUCCUCAUGUGUGCACGGAGACACUUCACUGACUGGCCUCUCUCUCCAGCUCACCACAGGGGUUCUGAGGAACAGUGACAUCAUGCAGCCAAGUGUUCAGUGUUAGCUCCAAGUACCUCUCUGUUUGGUUUCCACAAAAAGCAAUAUUCUUUUUUGCUUGAUAUUCUUGAGGCCCAAGUCCAGGAAGUCAUGAACACUAAGUGUAGGCAGUUGUGGUGACUGGUUUAUUCCUAUAAACACUUAUUUCUACAGUACAGUUCAGAGAAUAAAUAGAGGCACACAGCUAUAAUGAGGGAGAUUUGAGGGUGGGAGCUGGGGCUGUGGGGAGGGACCUAGGCUAACUGGAGACCUUGGGAUGGAAGAUCUUCCUUUUGGCAGGAAGAUCUGUCCCAAGCUCGAGGGCCAAGGCUCUGGAAGAUUCACGAGUAAAAUGGAGGAGCCAAUGCCAGUCAGUUCACACUCGGAGGGAUCCGAGUCUUCCGACACCCAAGGGGCUGUGAAUCUGAUCCACCGAUGCACUGGGAAGGAGCUGUCAGUGCAAGCCUUCCUGGGGUCCAGGUCACUCCACAGCAGGCCUGGAUAGGCCUGCCCCUUGCCCUGGAUUGAAUAAUGAAUACAGGUCAUAGUUACUCUUACACUAGCUUCUUAUUUGGCUGUUCUAUGAAGGGAUCCUGCCA